AUGGUCUCCUCACAGUUCUCCCGGCUGCUCGCAGCAGAGAUCGACGGACGUACCCAAAACACCAGAUAUCGCCAGAAUGAGUUCCAUCGCCUCCAGUCGGCCCUCAGCCAGCGCAUCGACGAGAUCCAAGACGCCAUCCAGAAAGACUCCGGGAAUGGACCCGAGGAAGUCCGCGCGGAGCUGUGUCUCGCGUUCAAGGAGAUCCGCACACACUACCUGACACUGAGCCUGGAGAAGGACCUUGAAGAGGAGUAUCGCGUUGUAGCUGGCAAGGACAAUGGGGACGCGAAGCGCGGCGCAGGCAUUGUCUACAUUGUCCCCAGCACACAUACCAUGUUUUAUUCCGUUGUCUCGGCGCUCAGCGCGGCAUUGGCGGCUGGGAAUUGUAUCAUUCUCGAGUUGACGAAGAAUACCAUGGCGCUGCCAGCCGUACUGCGCAGAAUUCUCUCCCAGGCCCUAGACGCGGAUACCUUCGCCAUCAGCGAAGAGAGACCCGAUGCUGCUUUCCUCGGCAGGGUGCUCAGGGUCUCCCAGACCGGUUCCGCGCCGCUCGCCGAGCGCAGUCUGCUCUCGCCUGCGAACGCGCGAACUGUGGCUGUCGUCGACAGAACAGCAGAUGUUGCAGCCGCAGCUGAAGCGUUGGUCGCCGCGCGCUUCGCCUUUGGCGGCCGGUCGACGUAUUCCCCUGAUAUCGUGCUGGUUAAUGAGUUUGCGAUGAAGCGGUUUGUCGAGGCGGUUAUCCAGCAGGCGUCCAGAUAUCUGGCUGGCCCGAACGGAGAGGCACGCCAGGGCGCGUCGAAUACCCGUCGGUUCGGUCCAAGUGCCUCGCUUCUGGAUGCUGCGCAUAAGGACGCGGGUGCUCGCGUGCUUGUCUCUGGGUCUGGAUGGGGGGUGGUGGAGGUCCAUGAUCGAAACUCGCCUCUCCUGACGAAAAAGGUGCAGGAGAAAGUGCUCAUCCUUCACCCCGUGACAAGUCUAGACGACGCUAUUGACCUUAGCAACUCGAGCGGCACACUGGCAGCGACAUACGCGUUCGGCAGUCCCUCCGCAGCCAAAUACAUCACUCAGUUCAUCGACGCCUCCAUCUCGUGGAUUAACCACGUCCCCGUCGACAUGCUCACACCGCACGAGGCCCUUGCCUCCUUGCCGGCUACAGGCCAGCGCCCCGGCUGGAGAAUCGGGUUCUUCGAGCAAGGGUUAAUCACUGGUGGGGUGAUUACGCUUGCGACGUUGGUAGCGACGGUGUCGACUGUGGGGUGGUAUACCUUUUCGUAUGUGAGGAGAUUGCGAGCUUAG